CUGAGCCACCACCACCAGAAGUUUCUUUUCUCCCUCAGCUGAGGUCGGAGCUUUCAGUCGGUGGCUGCCACAAUGGGAACUGCUUGGCUUCUGCUGGUCUGGGUGCUGAUGUGUUGCCCUACCAAAGGCUUGUUCAUGUCAGUUUUUGGAGGAACAAAAAGUGAUAAUGAGGAACUCCAGCAAAGAAGUAGAGUACUUAAUCCAAAUCACAAUUCCAUGAAGACCCUUGGGCUGUUCAAGUCGAUGGAUUCUAUGUCAGAGAACCAAGUUAAAGUGGUACUACUGGAAACUAAUGCAGUUGAAACUCAUACCUCACUUGGACAUGUGAGACUUCAGGAGCUGGAUAGCACAAGAAAGCUCAAAGCUGAAGAGGGAGCUAAUGAAAUAACUGCAACCUCCAUCAAUGCGACUGUGGCCACCAUUACUAAUGGUACCACAGUUGGAGGGAACAACUUUGUGACUGGUGCCAUCAAGACUGUGGUUGAAGUCAACCGGACAGUGACCAUUUCCAACAGGACUGAGGUUGCUGACAAUGAAACUGAGGCUAGAAUCAAUGUGACUGUAUUUGUGGGCAACCAGACAGUGGCCAGCUCCUAUGGCACUGUGGUCAGAGGCAAUGCUGCCAACAGUCUUGAAAACAAGGCUGUUGCCACCACCAAUGGGACUGUAGUAGCUGGAAAUGUGAAAGUGGUAAGUGGCAAAAACACUGGCAGCCCUGCCAACAAAACUUUGGUUGCCACCAAUAGGACGGUGUUGUCUGCAAACAAUGCUGUUGAAGUUGCCAAUAAAACUGUGGUUGGCAGCAACAAGACUAUGGCCAGUACUGAUAGGAUUGUGGUUGUAGGUAACAAGACAGUGGUCACCACCACCAAUAAAAAUAUAGUUUCUGGCAACAAGAUUGUGACCGCGGGCAAAGAAACAAUAGUUUUUGGAAAUGUAACUGCAGCCGCCGUGAACAAAACUAGCAACGUUACUGUGUCCACCACCACUGAAACUAUGGUUUUUGGCAACGUCACUGUGGUCGCCACCAACAAAUCUAUGGUUUCUGACAACGUGCUUGUGGCUGCCAGUACUAAUGAAAUUGUGGUUGCUGGCAAUGUGACUGUGGUUGCCAACAAGACUGAGGCUGCCAAUGGUGCCAACAAGACUGAGGCUGCCAAUGGUCCCAACAAAACUGUGGUUUCUGGUGCUGUGGCUGCUGAGGCCAUUGAAACUGUAGUUUCUGGCAACAUGACUGCAGUUGCCAUGAACGAAACAAUGGUCUCUGGCAAUGUGACUGUGCCUGUCGUCAACAAAACUGUGGUGUCCGGCAACAUGACUGCAGCUGCCACGAACGAAACUAUGGUUUCUGGCAACGUGACUGUUGCCGCUGCCAACAAAACUAUAGUUUUUGGUAACAUGACUGGUGCUACCUGCACCAUGGAGACUGUGGCUCCUGGCAAGGCGACUGUGGCCACCGGCGACAACAAAACUAUGGUCUCUGGCAACGCAACAGUGGCUGCGGGCGACAACAAAACUAUGGUCUCUGGCAACGCGACAGAGGUCGCCAGCGACAACAAAACGAUGGUUUCUGGCAACACAACUAUGGUUGCUAACGAGCCUGUGGCUGCCAAUGGUCCCAACAAAACACUGGUUUCUGCCGCUAUGUCUGCUGGUGCCUUGGAAACAGUAGUUUCUGGAAAUGUGACUGAGGCAGUCGUCAUCAACAAUACUUUGGUUUCUGGCAACAUGACUAUGGCUCCUGGCAACACGACAGUGGCCGCCGGCGACAACAAAACUAUGGUCUCUGGCAACGCAACAGUGUCCGCCGGCGACAACAAAACUAUGGUCUCUGGCAAUGCGACAGUGUCCGCUGGCGACAACAAAACUAUGGUCUCUGGCAAUGCGACAGAGGCCGCUGGCGACAACAAAACUAUGGUUUCUGGCAACGUGACUGUGGACACCGGCGACAACAAAACUAUGGUCUCUGGCAACGCAACAGUGUCCGCUGGCGACAACAAAACUAUGGUCUCUGGCAAUGCGACAGAGGCCGACGGCGACAACAAAACUAUGGUCUCUGGCAAUGCGACAGAGGCCGCUGGCGACAACAAAACUAUGGUUUCUGGCAACGUGACUGUGGACACCGGCGACAACAAAACUAUGGUCUCUGGCAAUGCGACAGAGGCCGCCGGCGACAACAGAACUAUGGUUUCUGGCAACACAGCUAUUGUUGUUAACGAGCCUGUGGCUGCCAAUGGUCCCAACAAAACUCUGGUUUCUGCCGCUAUGUCUGCUGGUGCCUUGGAAACUGUAGUUUCUGGAAAUGUGAAUGAGGCAGUCAUCAACAAUACUUUGGUUUCUGGCAACAUGACUAUGGCUCCUGGCAACACGACAGUGGCCACUGGCGACAACAAAACUAUGGUCUCUGGCAACGCAACAGUGUCCGCAGGCGACAACAAAACUAUGGUCUCUGGCAACGCGACAAAGGUCGCCGGCGACAACAAAACUCUGGUUUCUGCCGCUAUGUCUGCUGGUGCCUUGGAAACUGUAGUUUCUGGAAAUGUGAGUGAGGCAGUCAUCAUCAACAAUACUUUGGUUUCGGGCAACAUGACUAUGGCUCCUGGCAACGCGACAGUGGCCAUUGGCAACAACAAAACUAUGGUCUCUGGCAACGUGACAGAGGUCGCCGGCGACAACAAAACUAUGGUUUCUGGCAACAUGACUGUGGACACCGGCGACAACAAAACUAUGGUCUCUGGCAACGCGACAGUGGCCGUCGGCGACAACAAAACGAUGGUUUCUGGCAACACGGCUAUGGUUGUUAACGAGCCUGUGGCUGCCAAUGGUCCCAACAAAACACUGGUUUCUGCCGCUAUGUCUGCUGGUGCCUUGGAAACUGUAGUUUCUGGAAAUGUGACUGAGGCAGUCGUCAUCAAUAAUACUUUAGUUUCUGGCAACAUGACUAUGGCUCCUGGCCACACGACAGUGGCCAUCGGCAACAACAAAACUAUGGUCUCUGACAAUGCGACAGAGGGUAAUGGCAACAACAAAACUAUGGUUUCUGGCAACAUGACUGUGGACACCGGCGACAACAAAACUAUGGUCUAUGGCAACGCGACAGUGGCCGUCGGCGACAACAAAACGCUGGUUUCUGGCAACACGGCUAUGGUUGUUAACGAGCCUGUGGCUGCCAAUGGUCCCAACAAAACACUGGUUUCUGCCGCUAUGUCUGCUGGUGCCUUGGAAACUGUAGUUUCUGGAAAUGUGACUGAGGCAGUCGUCAUCAACAAUACUUUGGUUUCUGACAACAUGACUGUGACUCCUGGCAACAACAAAACUAUGGUCUCUGGCAACAUGACUGUGGACACCGGCGACAACAAAACUAUGGUCUCUGACAAUGCGACAGAGGGCGAUGGCGACAACAAAACUAUGGUUUCUGGCAACACAGCUAUGGUUGCUAAUGAGCCUGUGGCUGCCAAUGGUCCCAACAAAAUUAUGGUUUCUGGGAAAGAGACUGCUGGUGCAAUGGAAACUGUUGUUUCUGGAAAUGUGACUGCGCCCAUCAACAAUACUAUGGUUUCUGGCAACAUGACUGUGGCCACUGCCACCAAUGACACCAUGGUUGCUUGCAAUGUGGCUGUGAACAAGACUGUAGUGAACAGCAAUGCGACUGUGGCAAGCUCCAACACAGUCACUUUACAAUUGUUUGAUUGCAACAAGACUGUUCAUAGCACAAACAGGCCUGUGUUUGAGAGCAAUGACACACUGUUGCCCACAAACAGCACUGUGAACAUUGUUGCCAUUGGGACUUUGGAUCCAGGCAACAAGACUGUGACUGGUGCCAAUGGGACUGUACUUGUUGGCAACAUAACUUUGGCUGCUGUCAGUGAGACCAUGGCUGCCAACAACCCCACAGAGCUGACCGCCAGCAGCAAUGUGGCAAACGGGGCUGCUAAGAGGACUGUGGCCACCUCAAAGGAGACUGGAGCUACUGCCACUUAUGCAGCAAAUUUAUCAAGAUUUAGAUUGAGCAUAUUUUUAUGA